CUCCGCGGUUCAAGCCUCGUCGAAAUAACUCCACUUCUCCUACUCUCCCCCCCGUUCUGCUCUGUUCUGCUCUGUUUCAGUUAUGGCGGACGAGAGCAUAGACGACGGCGAGUUCUGGCUCCCUCCCCAGUUUCUCGAGGACGACCUAGCCGGCGACGAGUCCGACUUGUCGGACCUCAGCUCCCCGGUGGAGUCCGUGGCUGGCUCCGCUGAGGACUGGAGCGACGAGGAAGACCACCUCGCCGGUCUCAGGAAGAAGAUGGCCUGCUCUACUCUCCAAGGUGAUUUCAACAAGCUAGACCAAGAGAAGUGCAAGGGGUGGUUCCGCUCUGGUUCGCCGAAAUCGACCCUGCAUGGAUUCGGCGGUGGCUGUGGCCCCAUGCAGAGAUUGUUGACUCCGGCAACUGUGCAUGUGCUCUGCGGGGCCACCAGCAAAGUCCCCCCGAUGAAAAUGAGCGAGCAAGCGCAACCCUGUGGAUCCAAUCGGAGAAUGGUCCAAAAAUCCGACGCCGGUUUCAUCCCUCACCAGUUGCUUUCUCAGCGGCAGUUGCAGGCCACUCAUUUGCAGAGGUUGAGACAGCAGCAGAUGAUUCAAAGCCGGAUUUUGGGGCAGCACCAGGUGGUCCAUGAUGGCCCUCUUGGCCAGGAGUGGCCGCCUCUGCAGCAGGCACAUCAGAAGAAUCAUCAUGUGACCUAUCAACUUGGGAGGCCUGGGGCUGGGGCGAUGAGGGCUGCUGUCUUCCUCGGAGCUCCGGGGACUCGACCGUGCACGGGCACCGGAGUCUUCUUGCCCCGGCAAGUGGGCGCUCGACCUGAACCCAGAAAGAGACAAGCACGCUCCCCAGUUUUGAUUCCGGCCAAGGUGGUGCAGGCCUUGAACUUGAGGUUUGAGAGCAGAGGUCCUCAAACCCAGCAGCAGCCUCAGUCUCGCUCCAAUGGGUGUUUUACUUUUGGAAGUGAUGGAACAUGCAGAUUUACUAGUGAAGGUUUCGCGGAACCACGGACCAUUGUGAACCAUGAGACGAUUCAGCUGCCUCCGGAGUGGACCUACUGAAAGAUGUCCGAUGAAUGAAGAUUGGUUUUUUGGUGUAGGAAGUAGGAAAAAGGAGAGGAAGCUAGUUAGUCUUUUAAUUUAAAUAAUGGCAUAUUAAUUAUAGGAUGGAGAGAAGGGAAGGGUGAAGAAAUCUCAAGAAGGGGUUCUUUUGUUAGGACUAGGGGGAAUGAAUAAUAAGGUGACGCUGGGCUUCGAGAAUAACAGCGGCAAAGUGUACUAAAAUGGAAGUUUCUGUUGUUCUUUUGGGUAAUAAAAGAUUAGAUGAUGAUGGUGAUCUCUCUGGGCUUCAACGGGGAGGAAGGGUCGUUGACAUGGGCAAGGAAGAGGUUGGGGGCUGGUCCAUCUAAAGUUUUGUAUGGGAGUUUCAGCUCUCUCUCUCUCUCUCUCCCCGUGAAAAAUGGUUGGAAAUGAAUUAUAGUUUCUUUUUUAUGCCUC